UGUAUACUGCACUUGAAGCAAAUUCAUUUCAGCAAAUCUUAUCAGGUGUUGAUCGGGUGAAGGUGCCGGCAACCGACUUCCAGCAGCACAUUUGCGUCGUAACCAUUUUUGUCAGAACAUAAAAACGUGUCCUCCCAUAAGACUAUUGCUAUUUGGCCACCGGGUUGAAGCGACCUGCUGAACUAUUGUACCACACUGCAGACGUUGGAAAGGUUUCACGCAGUUUUUGUUUUUAAUUUUUACAUCCGGUUAGACCUUAGAACUGAUAAGUUUAGUUUUGCCCAAUCGGUCGUUAAAACAUAUGCCCAUUUGGUGUAAUGUGACAAUUGAGCUGCUGGGACAGAAUAUAAGCGGACGGCAUAGUUUGAGUAGCUCCAGUAGUGUUCAGUGACUUGAUUACUGGAAGGUUCGUCGCUUGUGCUGAAGUCUUUCAUAUCGAUAUGGCACAUCCGGCGCGAUUGCUGCUCCUAACGCUGGUGCUAUCGCUCGUGGCCAAUCAAUGGUCGCCCGUUGCUGCGUUUGAGGACUUUCUAGAUGAUAUUUUCUCGAUUUUCUUCGACUCGGAAAGUGAAAGUGAAUCAUCAGAACCGAUUCAUGUUGCGGGCAAACAUGCGGUUAUCAAUGUUACGUGUGACAACUGCACACUGACGAUUAAUUGUCCAACAUGCAGCAGUAUGUCGAUGGCUGGCGGAAUGAUGGAGACUGCACCAACUGCACCAACUGCACCGGCUGCACCGGUUGCACCCGCUGCACCCGCUGCACCGGCUGCACCGGCUGCACCGGCUGCACCCGCUGCACCGCCUUCACCGAAUGGAGAUGCUGCAACGGUUGCUCCGACUACAAAUACUACAAUGAAAACAGUCACUUCAAUCCCAGCUCCUGCUGAAGAAACUAACAACAAUGGUGGUGCACCCCCUCCUGACCCAGAAUUGCCUUCAGGAGACGCCGUUACAAUGCCUACAGCGGCAUCCAAUGAUUCAUCAUCUCCACCAGCACUUUUGUAGUCAUUUAAUGUACAUAAUUAAUUAUUACUUUUAUUAAGAAAGUACAUACAAUAUUUGAAGUAAUGUACGAAACUAGGUAUAACAAAAUUGAUUUCUUUUAUUUUAAUAUAUUUUUAUCUACCUACGGAACAGCGUUGUAUUGUAAUGUCGUAUUUUUGUACUUAUAAUAGCUAUUGUUUACGAAAAAAAACAUGUUAAAAAAAAUAAAGCAUGUUUAUUAAAA